AUGGAAGAAGAUCGGCCUCCGACAUCAGAAGUGGGAUCGGAAGAGCAGAUGCUUGAAGAGGAAAACUUGCGAAGCACUGGUCGAAAUACAUUGAUGAGUGGAUCCGUUACAUUAAGUGAUAUGGAGGCUUUCUUUUCAAAACUUAUGAGUAACACUUCUGGGACAUUAAAUGCGUUGCCAAAUCUUGUUCGAUUUGACCCUGAUGAUGUUGAUGCAGAUAUAGAAGGUUGGUGCAAUGUAAAUGAAAUAAUUGUCAGAAGCAAACGCUUGGAUGGUACUGAUUUGUUAUUGGCGCUCACGCGUGCGCUACGCGGACGCGCUGCAUCGGUCUUAAUGAAGCUGAAGUCAGAUCAAAUUACUUGGAAUUACGUUAAAGAUCUUCUUCUUUCAAAGUUUUCUAAACCAAUGAUGAUGCAGGAUUAUUUUGAUCGUAUACUGAAAUUUCAAAUAAACCAAAAAGAGACCGCAGCUGAUGCAGCUGUUCGCCUCUGGGGAUUGAUAGAAGCUGUGCCCAAAUUGCAUAUGUCUGAAGAAGUUAUCGUUGGUUUUGCUAUAUCCAUAUUAUCGCAUCAUGAUCAAACCAUACGGCGUGAAUUAAAUGCGAACAUCAUUUCCACACGUUCUCAACUGUGCCGAAUAUUGCGUGGAAUUACUUUAAAACGACGACAUGAUGAAACUGAAACUGAUGAUAACAAACGUCUGCGUCCCUCUGUGUCAGCAACUUUGUCAGCGUUUCGAGGAUCAUGUCACCGCUGUGGGGAAAUGGGGCACAAGUCUUUCAGUUGUCCGCAGAAUAGAAGAGACUCAUCUUUGUCAACUUUACAAUCCAGCAAUCAUAAACCAACAGCGCGUCAAGAGGAUAAACGUCUUCCUAUUUGUUAUAUUUGUUCGAAGAGUGGACACCUUGCUAACUCCUGUCCUGAGAAGAGAGAAAACAAAGGAAAGUCUAUCACGAAGGAAGUGAACUUAUGCGAUAGAAAAGCAGCUCAAGGUAUAUUGGACAUCUCUGGCAAAAGUUUUCCUUUUAUUUUUGAUUCUGGUUCCGAAUGUUCGCUCAUGAAAGAGAGUGUAGCGUCGAAUGUUAAUGGUAAAAUCACUCGAAAUCGAAUUAUUCUUGUAGGCAUUGGAAAAUCAGACAUUGCUAGUGUGAAACACAUUCAAACUGAAGUAAAAAUUCGAAAUUUGUCCUUAAUUGUAAUAUUGCAUGUAAUUCCUGAUGACUGUUUGAAUGAACCGAUUUUAUUAGGAAGAGACAUUCUUUCUAUGGGGAUUUCUGUUCAAAUGGGUUUACAAGGCUUGGAAAUUUUUCCCUGUAAAAUUUCUAACAUUUGUGACAAAUCAAAUUACAUUUCAAAUUCAUUGCAGUUAGAUACUGAUUUGUUUGGAGAUAACAAAGAAACCCUCUUGAAUAUUUUGUCGCGUUAUUCUACCCACUUUGUAGAGGGAAUACCUAUCACACGUGUUAAAACAGGUGAGAUGCGAAUUGAUCUUAUAGAUCCUCACAAAACUGUUCAAAGACGUCCCUAUCGGUUGUCACCAUCAGAGCGACAAAUAGUAAAAGAUAAGAUUCAAGAACUUUUAAAUGCUAACAUUAUCCGGGAAAGUAAUUCACCUUUUGCUAGCCCUAUACUAUUAGUGAAGAAGAAAGACGGAACAGAUAGAAUGUGUGUUGACUACAGAGAAUUGAAUGAUAAUACUCGAUCUGAUCAUUAUCCUCUUCCCCGAAUUGAUGAUCAAAUUGAUAGACUUUGCGGUGCACAUUAUUUUACAUCACUUGACAUGGCCUCUGGGUUUCACCAAAUUCCAAUUCAUGCGGAAUCGAUAGAGCGUACGGCAUUUGUAACUCCGGAUGGCCAAUUUGAAUAUCUUACUAUGCCUUUUGGCCUUAAAAAUGCACCGCCUGUUUUUCAACGAUCUAUAAAUAAAGCUCUGAAAGGAUGUGAGGCUCUUGUAUAUAUGGAUGAUGUCUUGUGUGCGUCCGAAACUAUUGAACAAGGAUUGAAAUGUCUUGAAGAAGUUCUUAAAGCUCUUACAGAAGCCGGAUUUUCACUCAACAUUAAGAAAUGUCAUUUUAUGAAACGUGAAAUCGAUUACUUAGGUUAUCAAAUUCGUGCUGGAGAAAUUAGACCAAAUCCUAGGAAAAUUCAAGCUUUAGUUGAAGCUCGCAUUCCUCGUACGGUUACCCAA